CUGCAUGUCGUGUGUGUGCUGUGUGAGUGUGUGUGUUGAAGAUAAUUUAGUUAGAGGUCAUUUCUAUGCGUAAGCAUUUGCAACAUGCGGCAGCCAGUUGAUAAUUGCAGCAACUACCAAAAUAACAAAGGACGCUUGCAGCAGCAGCUCAGUAGCAGCAGCAGCAGCGACGCCAGCAUCGUUUUAUAACAACAACAACUGCAACAAAAUCCACAACAAAAGAGGAAGAAAAUUGCGAUACGCUAAUGGCGUCCACAACAACAACAAAAACAAAAACAACAGCAAAACAAGCGGAGCAGCCAGCAGAGGCAGAUGCAGAGGCGGCAGCCGCAGCAUCAGCAGCAAAGACGCCAACCUCGAAGCCAACGCCAACGCCCACGCUACUGCCGCUGCUGGCGUCCGCUGCCGCCUGCAAUAAACAGUUGCUAUUCUGCCGGCGUUUUAAGGAUGCUAAAGCUGGCGGCGGUGGCGGUGCCGUCGACGCUGGCGCUGGCGCCUUUUUACGUAAUUUCAAUUCGCUGCCGCUGUUCGUCUAUGCAACGUCGCCGUCGACGCACGCCAGCUCCGCGGAUGGCGUCGGCGUCGCCAGGGAAGCAGCAGCCGCAGCCGCUGCUACUGCUGCGUCGGCGUUCAGUCAAAUAAAGAAUGACGGCUUUGAAAUACACGCAACAAGAGGAACGCAUGCCACCAACUGCAAGGCAGACGACAGUUGCAUUAGGAACAGCAACAGCAACAAUUGUACAGGGAACGGUGGCAGCACACGCAUCUCUGAGCUGUUGGGCAGCAGUGGUGGCGCUGGUGUUGGUGUUGCUGGUGGUGCCAUGGAGUGCCUGCCAAUGAGCGGUCCCCAUCCGCAUCUUAUGUCAACGAGUGGUGCUGGCAACAGCGGCGUCGUCAGCGGCGGCGGCAGCACAGUGGUUGCCUCCCCCACAGCCACUGUAGUGGUUGGCGCCACAUAUCCACAUCAUUUGCAUCAUCAUCAUCAUCUGAAUCACUUGAGCCACCAUGCCCCAUACAGCAAUAGCUAUGGCAGUCAUCCACAUCAUCCCAUACACAGCGAACAGACCAAGUCGCUGCAGGAGCUGCAGCAUGAGGUUGGCGCUCUGUUGGAAUUCCGAGAUCUGGUCAUCGAAACGUUUCCCGAUCUCAAGCAUAAAAUGGCCUCCAUAUCCGUGACACCCACAACGUCCAGUUCGGUGGGUGCAUUAGGCGGCAGUCACUCUGUGGGCGGUGGUGGCAGCUCCUCAUUAGCAGCCAGACGUGAAUGGGAGCCAGGAAUACGCAUGAAGCGUAAAUUGUCGCACAAGGAACCGUCCACGACGACAGCAGCAGCUGCAGUUGGAGCAUCCGCAUCCGCUGGAGUUGAGCCAUCGUCGGCGUCAUCGUUGACGCGCAGUCGCAGCAAUUCGCACAGCGGCAAGAAAGAGCCAAAGAGCGGAGAGAACAACAACGGCAGCGUUGUCCAGGACUCCGGCUUCUCAACGGAGACCAGUUCCUCCAAGGAGGGUCACAGUGCCUCCUCCUCCACCAAUGGUGCUAUGACGGUGGCCAUAGCAUCGAAUCGCCUGAGCUGUGCCGAAUCGGAUGAUGAGCUGCUCAACCUGCUGGAUGUCAUACACCGCAAAUCGAAUCGUUUACGCGAGGAGGUCGAACACUUGCAGACCUAUGAGCGCCAGUCCACGGCGGCUGUCAAGGGUCAGAAGGCGAUUGCUGGUGGCAUGACACCGCAACAGUUUCGGGAGCAGGUGGAGCGACUGAAUCGUGAGGAUAUGCAACAGUUGCGCAAGGAACGAGAUCGACUGCUCGACAAACUGGCCGAAAUGGAGGCGGAGACACUGACGGGUCGCAUCAAGGCCGCCAAGAUGAGCGAUCAGGUGGAGGAGCUAAUCAGCGUCAAAAAGGAUCUCGAGGAGCAGCUGAAGCUGGCCAUGGCCCAGAAACUGGAGCUCAGCUCGCGUGUGCAGCAGCUGCAGCUACAACAGCAGCAGCAACAACAACAACAACAACAACAACAGCAGCAGCAGCAACAACAAAGCAAAAGUUCAUCCAGCGCCAGCCAGUCGGAGUGCUCCAGUCAACGCAACUUUUUAUCGUCCGCAACGACGGUGCUCUCGAACAGCAGUCGCCCCCCGAGCCUGAGCAACAACAACAACUAUAAUAACAGCAACAACAACAACAGCAGCAGUAGUAGCAACAGCAACAAUACAUUCCAACCCAUAAUUGAUCAGCAGCCGGAGGCGGCAUUCCAUCAAAGCUCAGGCAGUGAUACAAGAAGACAGCAAUUGGGUCGCUUGGAUGGCGUUGUUAGUACGCCCGGCGCUCGCAAUACCAAAUGUCGGAUAACAGACUCCAAACGCUUCACGGCCAUAUUGCUGGAGACGAAUGUGCUCGAGUUGCAGCGGCAUCUGCUUACGCUGACUGUACAGAAUCAGGUGCUCGCCCAGAAACUGGACUCGUCCGGCAAGUUAAAGGCACAGCUGGCCAAGCGACUCGACAAGAGCCAGGAGGAUUCCGAGGAGUUGCGCUUCCAGCUCGAGGAGAAGAACAUUGAACUGGAGGGCACCAAGGCGCAGUUGCGUGUCCUCGAGUCCCGACUGCACAGCAGCAGUAGCACCAAUUCGUAUUUAAAUUCGACAUCGCAGCAUGAUUACGAAACGAAUCGAUCUGCGGCAUCGACGACCCUUAUGCUCAGUCGUCGUGGGGUGCCCGAAUCCGUGGAUGCCACAGCCACAGCAACUGCAACAGGAACUGCAAGUGCUACGGCAACAGCAACAGCAAUGCCUCCUCGCUCGGAUCAGAUAAGCACGCCCAGCAUGAAGGCAAUGGUGCCGCUGGCAAUGGAUGAACUGCAACAGCAUAGCAGCAGCACCGAAUCCGCCCACGAGCACGAGCCCAAUGAUUCCAAGACAAUUGUCAAUGCGGCCACGCCCAGUCCGCUGGGCAGCAGCACACCAACCACCACCACCAACAGCAACAGCAACAGCAAUAGCACGAUUGCCGCUCGCGUGAUGAGUGCCAGCUUUGAGCAGACGCCGCUGCGUAGUCAGGGCUAUCGCAAAUUCAAUAGCGCCAGCAAGCCGAGUAAAAUACCGCUGCCGGGCAGCAAAGCUGCCGCCUACUUUGCCGGCAAACCGCCUACGGGUAGGCUAUCGACAGCGGGUCGCUCACCGCCAACGGUGCACAACAGCAGCAGCAACAACAACAACAACUCGAGCAGUGUCUCUUAUGGCAGCAGCAGCAAAUCCUCGCUCAGUCGCAGCACUGGCAAUCUCAGCCAGAGUCUGAAACGUGCCGAUUCCGCUUCGAAUCAUUCGCUGAGCACCAAUACGAGUCGCAGUUCGACUUCCUCAUCGAUACCGCUGGCAACAACACCCUACUCGUCGAGCAAUCGCAGCAGCAACACCACAGCAACAACGACUCCGUCCCCGCGUGUGCUUCAAAACUCGCCGCUGCCCAAGUUGAAGCGUGAAACGCUCAGUUCGCGAGUGCGGCACUUGGACUCGCUGUCGCGUGCCCAGCACUCGCCAGAUCAACAUCAUCACAAUUUGAGUGGCAGCUCCAGUUCGAUAGCGGCACAGUUGAGCACAACGCUGCGCAAGGAUCUGCAGUUGACGAACUCCACAACGUCAUCGGCCUAUCAUCGACGCUCGGCUCCAGUGCCGACUGUGUCCCGACGCUUUAGCAGUGCGUCUGUGGCAAGUGGCAGAUUGGCGCGCGAGGAUGCCACAGCCGCAGCAGCAGCAGCAACAACAUUGGCCACGCCCACGUCUAGUUAUGGCGACAGUGAUAGUGGCAAGAAUUUGGCAAAUAUUGCAACUAAGCCAAAUUUCCGUUUCAAUAACAACAAUUGGCAGUUAUGGCAAACAACAACAAACAACAACAAGAACAACAUGAACAUGAACAACCAGAAAAAUCGCACUUUUAUGGAACCAUUGAAAUAUAUCAAAGAACAUGAUGAUGAGAAUAUAUCCGAGGAGACGGCAUACGAUUCAUAUUAUACGCAAUAUACAACCCCCGAUUCCAUGGACUGUGGCAGCGACAAUCUGCUGGUCACCUUCGACUAUGGUUAUAGCGAUUCCAUUGGGGCACCAAAUGCUGCUGCAGAUGCAGCUACAGUUGAGGAUGAGGAUGCGGAUGCGGAUGCGAAUGAUUACAAUGAGGCUGGGGCUGGUGCUGGUGCUGGUGCCGAGGCGGGGGAAGCUGACUAUGCCCUUUGGUUUGGCAUGCCCCAAAAUGAUGCGUGGGCGUUUCAGGUGUAUCAUGUGCAGCAUGAGGAGUUGAGUCUACAAUCCUUGAUAUCCUACGAUGUAGACGACUUUGAGGAGCAAUCGGAACCAGAAUCCGACCAAGCAGAGAAUGAAGAAGUUUUUUAUGAUAGCAUUGAAGGUUGAUCAUGGCACAAGUCGAUAGAGAACAGCAUUAUUUAUAUUAUAAAGUUUCCAAACAGUUGUUUUAUUGGUUGUAAAAGAUCGUUUCUUCUCCGAAAUCUAUUCAGCAAAUUCAACCUUAUGGUUAAAGCAGUUUUGUUAGAGCAGUUUGUCAUGAUAUAUUUCAGCAGCGGCAGUUUUGUAAUUUAUAAUUUAACUAGUCUACGAGAGUAAUUUUCCAAACACAGUUAGGCAUGUCAAAAAAAAAAAGAAUGAGAGAAAUGAAAAACAUUGUUUUGUAUGUAUUUUAGGUAGUGUAUGUAUU